AUGGAUUCAGACGCCCCGGCCAAACGCCCGAGGGCCCCUACAAUUACAGUUGACACAGCUGCUGUAGACACAAACUCACCCGGAAUAGAUUCCAUCAACGUAUCUCCAUCUCCUCUUGACGACACAAACACCCUCGCUGUCCCAACAUCAAAGUCACGCGCCGAAUCAUGGGCUUCUUCUUCUCCCACCAAAGUAGGCACCGACCAUGAACAACUAUCCCGCGACGUCGAAGCCCUACGAAAAGGCGAUCAGCAAGAAAUCCUCAAAGCUGACCCUGGUGAGGAGGCCCAUUUUACCGUCGACAAUAACCCAUUCGCAUUCUCCCCAGGACAGCUCUCCAAGCUCAUAAAUCCCAAGAAUUUGGCCGCCUUUGUCGCCCUUGGUGGAUUACCCGGUCUGGAGAAGGGGUUGAGGACAGAUUCGAAAGCGGGAUUAAGCCCUGACGAGGGGAAGCUACACAAUGCUGUUUCUUUUGAAGAAGCGACUGCGACGACAAAGGAGGGAUUCAAGGCUUCGCCAACGACAGAUGUGCUUCCAUCCACAGAAGCCCACGAUAGUCACGCAGUAGCCAAAGACGCCUUUCCCGAUCGCAAGCGAGUCUACGGUGCCAACCGUCUCCCCGAACCCAAAGCAAAGUCAUUCCUCCAACUCGCAUGGAUUGCUCUCCAGGAUCACGUUCUUAUCCUUCUGUGUAUCGCAGCUGUGGUCUCGCUAGCCCUGGGUCUGUACCAGACCUUUGGCGCAACACACCACGAGGGAGCCAAGGUCGAAUGGGUUGAGGGUGUCGCCAUUAUCGUAGCCAUCACUAUCGUUGUUGUCGUCGGCGCAGCAAACGAUUGGCAGAAGGAGCGCCAGUUCCAGAAGCUCAACCAGAAGAAGGAAGACCGUAUUGUCAAGGUGACACGCGCCGGUAAACCCCAGAACCUUUCUAUCCAUGACGUUCUCGUCGGCGAUGUGAUGCUUCUGGAACCCGGAGAUGUUAUUCCUGUCGAUGGUGUUUUUAUCUCUGGUCACAACCUCAGCUGUGAUGAGUCUUCUGCUACAGGAGAGUCUGACCUGAUCAAGAAGGUCGGCGCCGACCAGGUCCUUCACGCUCUUCUUAAUGAGCCUGCACCGCAACUCAAGAAGCUUGACCCAUUUAUCAUCUCUGGCGCCAAGGUACUUGAUGGUGUCGGAACGUUUCUUGUCACUGCUGUUGGUGAACAGUCAAGCUAUGGAAAGACAAUGAUGUCUCUUCGUGAUGAUCCAGGUCUGACGCCUCUCCAGGCAAAGCUCAACCUCCUUGCCGGAUACAUUGCCAAACUCGGUAGCGCCGCUGGUCUUCUUCUCUUCUCCGUUCUCCUCAUCAUCUUCCUAGCUGGUCUCCCCAACAACUCCGACUCGGGCGAACAAAAGGGUCAAGCCUUUCUACAAAUCCUCAUUACCUCCAUCACCGUCAUCGUCGUCGCUGUCCCCGAAGGUCUUCCCCUCGCCGUGACGCUCUCUCUAGCCUUUGCGACUAAGAAGAUGACCCGCGAGAACAAUCUGGUGCGACACCUUCAAUCAUGUGAAACUAUGGGUAACGCCACUGUUAUCUGCUCCGACAAGACUGGUACUUUGACCGAGAACGUCAUGACUGUUGUCGCUGGCGCUUUGGGUCUUCGUGGUCGUUUCUCUUUUGGCGACUCCUCUUCGUCGCCAACUACCGAAGGCACCGAGAAGAGCGACACUAUCCCUCUCAACCAGUUCUCCGAUAAGCUCGACCCCGAAUACAAGGAUCUCCUCAAGACUGCCGUCACCGUCAACACAACUGCUUUCGAGUCCGAUGAAGGCUUCGUUGGUACCAAGACUGAAACCGCUCUUCUCGAUUGGGCUCGUCGCUACCUCGGUCUGGGACCUUUGGCUAUUGAGCGCUCGAACCACCCCGUCACUCAGAUGUUCCCCUUCAACUCUCAGCGCAAGUGUAUGGGUGCUGUCGUCCAGAUCCCCGGUCCCAACAAGGAUAAGCCCAAGUACCGUCUCUUCAUCAAGGGCGCUUCUGAGAUUGUCCUCGGCGAAUGUACCACCAUCGGCGAUCCCACGCAAGGUCCUUCUACCGAAUCUCUGUCUGAUAGCCACAAGGACGGUAUCAAAUCUGUCAUCUCUAGCUACGCGACGAACUCUCUACGUACCAUCGGUCUUGCAUACCGCGACUUCGAAUCCUGGCCUCCUGUCCUGACUCUCCGCCCCGAAGACGAAGCCAACACCGACAUCGACCUCACUGAUCUUGUGCACAAUCUCACCUGGAUGGGUGUCGUCGGUAUCCAAGACCCUGUUCGCAAGGGUGUUCCCGAAGCCGUCAUCGAUUGCGGUAUCGCCUCUGUAAACGUCAAGAUGGUUACUGGUGACAACGUUGAAACAGCCCGAGCAAUUGCCCUCAACUGCGGUAUUCUCACAGAGUCCAACAUGUCCGAACCCAACGCUGUCAUGCAAGGAUCCGACUUCCGCAAGCUUACCGAGACAGAGCGCUCUACCGUCGUCAAGCAGCUUCGUGUUCUUGCCCGUUCAAGUCCUGAGGAUAAGCGUAUUCUUGUCAAGGCUCUACGCUCUUUAGGCGAGAUUGUUGCUGUCACGGGAGAUGGUACCAACGAUGCUCCUGCUCUCAAGGCUGCCGAUGUCGGUUUCUCGAUGGGUAUCACAGGAACAGAAGUUGCCAAGGAAGCAUCUGACAUUAUCCUUAUGGAUGAUAACUUCUCAUCUAUUGUUGUUGCGCUUGGCUGGGGACGUGCUAUCAAUGACUCCGUCAAGAAGUUCCUUCAGUUCCAGCUUACCGUCAACAUCACGGCCGUCGGUGUGACAUUUGUUUCUGCCGUCUCAGACGACGAGCAAAAGUCCAUUCUCAACGCCGUCCAGCUUCUCUGGGUCAACCUCAUUAUGGAUACCUUCGCUGCUCUUGCUCUCGCUACGGAUCCUCCCACUGGAAGUCUUCUCCACCGUGAACCCGAGUCACGCACCGCCCCUCUUAUUACUACCACUAUGUGGAAGAUGAUCAUCGGCCAGUCGAUUUACCAGCUAAUUGUGUGCUUUGUCCUUUGGUUCGGACGCGAUCCUAUCCUUGGCUACGAUGAGACUGAAGUUCGAUCUCUCAUCUUCAACAUCUUUGUCUUUAUGCAGAUCUUCAAGCUUGUUAACAGUCGACGUAUUGACAACAAGCUCAACAUCUUUGAGGGUCUCCACCGCAACCAUCUCUUCAUGCUCAUGAUGACGAUCAUGGCAGCUGGUCAGGUAAUCAUCAUCUUCUUCGGCAGUGACGCCUUUGUUGUGACACGUCUCAACGGCAUCCAAUGGGGAAUCUCUCUCGUCCUGGGUUUCCUGUCCAUCCCCAUUGGUGUUCUCAUCCGUCUGUUCCCUGAUGAGUGGUUCGCCGCCAUGGUCAACGCGCUCGUCAAGCUCUGGCCCAGCUGGAUCCGCUUCUCGCGAAAGAAGGAGGAUGCAUCUGACGAAGAAGGUCAACUUGCCACCGAGAAGCAGCUCGAAGGUUACGACAUGGACACAGCCCUCCUUGGUAUUCGCGAUGAUCUCGAGUUCCUCAAGCGUGUUCGCGGUGGACGCAUGACAGCUCUCAGCGACGCCAUGGAGCGUUCCCGCGAGAAGAUGCGCGAGAAGAUGCGUCGCAAGCGUUCCGAUUCCCGCCCACGAAGCAAACUCCGAAGCCGUCGCGGUUCAUCACGAUCGUCCAACAGACCUCCCAUCUCACCCAUGAUGUCUGUCGUGGGAAUGCCCGGUAUCGUGGCUGCCAGUGUAGCAGGUCUUCAACCAGGACAAAUGGGCAACGGCAACGAAAACCCAGAUACGCGACAAGCGUAG